AUGGCCGCCCUCCUCAGGUUCCUGAGGAGCAUCUAUAACCUCGACAACCUCGACACUCGCUUCACAAAUCCCUCCUCUGUUCCCUACAAGACCGUCGUCGAGGCUCGCGCCGACCCCGCGCAGGGCAAGGAGCUGCCGGCCAAGGCCCGCGCCCGCGCGCAGCCGUCGAAAUGGAACACCCCUGAGUACUGGCUCUACGUGGUCUUCAUCGGCGGCAUCGUGCCGUACAUGUUCUGGAUCGCCUACGAGGUCUCACGACCUUCUGAUCCCCGAUACCACAACUACGAGCGCUUCCUCUCAGACGGCUGGAUCCCGGGUCGCAAGAUCGAUGUAUCCGACUCACAAUACCACACCUUCCGCCAGAACCUUCCCUUCAUGGCCGUCCUCCUACUCUGCCAUCCCCUGCUGCGCAAGCUCUGGAACGCAGUGUUCCCCGUCCCCACCGACCUGGACAAGAGAUCUGUCACGGAGCAGGGCGACGCCCGCCUCGAGCAGCGCGCCUCCUUCGACUACCGCUUCGCCCUCUUCUUUCUCGUCGCACUGCACGGGUUCUCCGCCAUGAAGGUCCUAGCCAUCCUCUAUAUCAACUACCAGAUCGCCACGCGCCUGCCUCGCCGCCACGUCCCCGCCGCCACUUGGAUCUUCAACAUCUGCAUGCUCUUCGCCAACGAGCUGUGCCAGGGAUACAAGUUCGCCGCCAUUGCGCGGCACAUUACGCCGCCGCCAUCGGGCAAGAACCUCCUCGAUGAGGACCCCUUCCUCAUGCGCUGGGGCGCCUGGAUGGACCACCAUGGCGGGCUGAUGGGCCGCUGGGAGAUUCUCUUUAACAUCACCGUCCUGCGACUCAUCAGCUUCAACCUGGACUACUACUUCAGCCUUGACCAGCGGAGUGGAAGUCCCCUGGAGACUUUCCCUUCUUCACCCAGCGCUGACGUCCACAAGAAGAAGCAACUCGACCCCGCCAAUCUCUCCGAGCGCGACCGGCUCGCCAUGUCCGCCGCCCCCCAGGACUACUCCUUCCGCAACUAUCUCGCCUAUGCAAUCUACGCGCCCCUCUACCUUGUCGGACCCAUCAUGACCUACAACGAUUUCAUCUCCCAGCUGCGCCACCCGCCUGCGACCAUAGAGACCUAUCGCACCCUCCGCUACGCUGUCCGAUUUCUCCUAGCCCUCGUCGCCAUGGAGGUCAUCCUCCACUACGACUAUGUCUGCGCCAUCUCCCACGCGGGUAUCGACUGGUCCACCUACUCGCCCGCUCAGCUCUCUCUCCUCUCCUUUUUUAACCUUCACAUCAUUUGGCUCAAGCUCCUUCUCCCCUGGCGCCUUUUCCGCCUCUGGGCCCUCCUCGACGGCGUCGAUCCCCCAGAGAACAUGCUGCGCUGCGUCUCCAACAACUGGUCCCCCAAGUCCUUCUGGAAGGCCUGGCACCGCUCCUACAACCGCUGGCUCAUCCGCUACAUCUACAUCCCCCUCGGCGGUGCCAACUUCCGCUCCUGGGCCACCACCGUGCGUUCCAUCGCCACGUACCUGUUGGUCUUCACCUUUGUCGCCCUCUGGCACGACAUCCGCCUGCGCUUGCUCAUCUGGGGCUGGCUCAUUGUGCUCUUCCUCCUGCCCGAGGUCCUCGCCCAGCUCCUGUUUCCGGCGAGGAAGUGGGAGGGUCGCCCAGACGCGUACCGGCGGCUCUGCGGCCUGGGCGCCGUUGCCAACGUGCUUAUGAUGAUGAUUGCCAAUCUCGUCGGGUUUGCCGUGGGGCUAGACGGCUUGCAGAGUAUCCUCUACGGUAUUCUGCACGACUGGUCAGGCGUUAUGUUCUUUAUGAUUGCUUGUGUGUCACUGUAUAUGGGCGUCCAGAUCAUGUUUGAGAUAAGAGAGUCCGAGAUGCGAAGAGGCAUCUCGUUAAAGUGCUAA